UUUGUCUCUGUACAGAUGGAGAGGGACGUGGAGUUGGCCAACAUGACCAGGGUCCAGCAGUUCGUCUUGCUGGGACUGUCCACAAGGCCAGACAUAAGGGAUGCCCUGUUUGUGGUCUUCCUGGCCCUCUACCUGCUGACGCUCCUGGAGAACUCCCUCAUCAUCUACCUCAUCGGCAGCCACAGGGAGCUCCACAAGCCCAUGUACUUCUUCCUGGGCAACCUCAGCUGCCUGGAGAUGUGCUACGUGUCGGUCACCAUGCCCAGCCUGCUGGUGGGGCUGUGGACAGGACCCUACCAUGUGCCCUUCACAGCCUGCAUGACCCAGCUCUUCUUCUUCAUUGUCCUCAUCUGUACUGAGUGUACCCUCCUGGCCUCCAUGGCCUAUGACCGCUACGUGGCCAUCUGUCGACCUCUGCACUACUCAUUGCUCAUGCGACCCCAGGUCUGCCAGGCCUUAGCCUUGUCUUCAUGGCUUGGUGGGUUGGUUGUCUCGGUGGCCAAGACCACAUGCAUUGCCAGCCUUUCCUACUGCGGUCCCAAUGUCCUCAACCAAUUUUUCUGUGAUGUCUCCCCUCUGCUCAACCUGUCCUGCACCCACGUGGCCCUCACAGAGCUGGUGGACUUCAUCUCUGCCAUCGUCAUCUUCUGUGGCACGCUGCUGGUCUCUUUGGCCUCCUAUGCGGCCAUCGGGGUGACCGUGCUCCACAUGCCGUCAGCUGCUGCCCGUCACAAGGCCUUCUCCACCUGUGCCUCCCACCUGGUGGUGGUGGGCAUCUUCUACUCAGCAGCUCUCUUCAUCUACUGCCGUCCCAGCCGUAUCAAGUCCAUGGACCUCAACAAGGUGUUGUCGGUCAUCUACACGGUGGUCACACCUUUGUGUAACCCCAUCAUCUACUGCCUGCGCAACAAGGAGGUCCACGCAGUACUGCUCAAGAGCCUCAAAUGUUCAUGA